UGGCAUUUUUGGUCUUGUCUCUAUUUGUUUAAAAGUGUGUUAGCAGUAAAUCAAGGUGCAUUUCCCCUGUAGGGUUUCCUGUAUGUCAAAGCCAUGUUAAUUCUCUUUGAUUUUCUUCCCUUUGCCCCAGCCAUUGCUACAAAUCCUUCCUCUCUUUGUCCCUUUGGACAUCAAAGGACUGCAAGGGGACAGCCCUGGGGAGAAGCUCCUCCCUGCUCAUUAGCCUUCAUAAAACAGGAACUCACCUUGGCUGGCUUAGCUUGGAGUCCCAUCCUAGCCCCAGUCACUCUUGACACUGGAUCACAGAAGGGCGCUCUCUUUCUUUGGGAAAUCAAGCCACCUGAUUUUCAACUGGACUGUUUUGGUUUUCGUGAGAUAAGAGUUCUGGUGGAUCUCUCACCUACAGUGACUUCCACAACCUCUCUGGCUUCACAGUACAUGGAAAAAUGCAAUCUUUACCUGAUGUGAAAGCUCAGUGUGAUGCACUUCCUUCCUCCAGCCUGGAGCCUUACCCUCAGAGCUCCAUUGUGGUUACCCUAGAAGACAUGGACCUCUGGAUGCAGUUUCAUCAAGUAGGAACUGAGAUGAUCAUCACCAAGUCUGGCAGACGAAUGUUUCCACAGUGCAAAAUCAAAGUCUCUGGCUUGAUCCCGUAUGCUAAGUACCUCAUGCUGGUGGAUUUUGUGCCGAUGGACAACUUCAGAUACAAGUGGAAUAAGGAUCAGUGGGAAGUUGCUGGAAAAGCAGAGCCACAGCUCCCCUGUCGUACAUACAUACAUCCAGAUUCUCCAGCUCCCGGCAGCCACUGGAUGAAAGAACCUGUCUCCUUCCAAAAGCUGAAGCUCACCAACAAUACCCUGGAUCAACACGGACAUAUCAUCCUUCACUCCAUGCACCGCUACAAGCCUCGCUUCCACAUCGUUCAGGCAGAUGACCUGUUCAGUGCCCGCUGGAGCAUCUUCCAGAUGUUCAGCUUCCCUGAGACUGUCUUCACCUCUGUCACUGCCUACCAGAAUGAGCAGAUCACAAAACUCAAGAUUGACAACAACCCAUUUGCUAAGGGAUUCCGGGAACAUGGGAAGAACACUCGAAGGGAAGGGCGAGCCAAAGGCCAGAAAUUUAGUCCAGCCGAAGGCCAGAAGAGGAAGCUGCCAGAAGAAACAGAAUCUGGUGCUGAGGAAUCUGAUUUUGUGAAGGAUGAGAAUGUGGAGGUGAAGGAAGAGAGUAAUUCCAUUCCUGUCAGCAGCGGGUACCCCUUCUGGGUCUCCGAGCAGAAUGGCAGCCACUCAAUCCCUGUAGCGUCACCUGCACCAGCAGACCAAAGAGAGGCAACUGCCAGAGAGCAGCAAGUGCCAACACCUUCCUCCUACCAGACAUACAGGUUCCAUGACAAUGGGGAUACACAGCAGGCGCCCACUCGUGACAUCCUCGCUUUAAAUGAGUUCCGAGCCAGAUCCCUCCGAGUGGAUAUAGCCACGGUGCCCGAACAAGAUUCCAAACAGCUGUCAGAAGGUUUCACCAACUUGCCUACACUCCACCCUCCACUACCUCCUCCACAGGACUAUACUGGGGUGGUCAACAUGGCUGUAGACUCUGCUGGGAAAUCAGGGGCCCGAGGUCCAAUGUACAAUCCAUAUGGCACCGAGCAAGGCCUAGGCCAAUGGAUGGUACCUUCCCACAGCCAGUACAGGGCAAUGAGCUAUUCUCCCUUCUCCACAGAUUAUAAUACUCAAGGGGCUUCAGGGCAUGCCCAUGGGAGCAUGGCAGACUGGAGCCAGUACCCUUUGUUCCCCUAUGCUUGCUGGUGAAGGGGAGGAUUCUUCCCAAUGAAAGAACUCAAAGAACAUUGUAAGGAAUACCACUUUAAAAUUUGCUCUGGGAUUGUCAACUUGUGGCCCUGCCUACAGUAGGCAAAGAGGUGUUGCAACAAAUCGUAGAGUGGGACACGUUUAAUCUCGCAACAUCCGUACAACAACUUGUGCCCCCACUCAACAGCCGUCCUUCAAGUACUGGUUGUACGGGUUGGUUGCAACUCCUCCAUUAGUUGAGAUCUGUCUGAAUCAAUGUAUUCUACAAUGCUGUCUCCAAAGUGUGGAUGGGAAGUCACUAGCAUUGCAGCUGCACAGGUUCAGCCAGCUUCUUAACUCUAUCCUAAAAUGUAUUUGUAUCUUGUGUUUGGAAAUUACCCAAAACCCCUGCUCCCAGAAGAAUGCUAGCCAGGGGUCAUAUGCCUAAGGUGUCACAGAAUGUACCACAGGUGGACACACCAAAACAGUUCAGCCAUAAGCAUAGUGGCUGUGUGGAUAAAAGCAUCAUUGUAAGGACAUGCCAGACAACGAACCUGUCAAUGUCCCUACAGUGUCUUCUUCAGUUCGUGUUGUAGACAACCCCAAUAACUGACCGUAGAAAGUACUGCCACAGUCGUGGCCCUUUCCCUAGAGCUGUGUAAUGGAGAAGAUGCAGCAACGCAUGUGCUCCUGAAGCAGAGUUGGAAGGGUCACACAGGCAGACCCGAGUUCAUUGCACACAAAAGAAAAACUGCAAGUGUCUGUGUUUGUCUCCAUGUGUCCUCAUACCAGCUCCCUUAGCCUUACUCAGUUCACACCUGUUCACCCAGUGGGUCUCAAACUUUUUUACUGGUGACCCCUUUCACAUCGCAAGCCUCUGAGUGCGACCACCCCAGUAAA